UUCUCCUUAACCACAGGCUGUAGCCACAACUCCGCGCGGAAAGCCGGGAGCUCCAGGACCGCUGCACAGUCAACAACCCGCUUUUCGCGGGGCCGCGGGGACGGCCACAGAAGCCAAUAGGCUCCAGUUACGUCACAAAUCCUGCCCUCAAGCCUGAGGAGCCCACCCCACGCACUGCUGACCCGGAGCCAAAAGGGCCGCCUGGCGCCCGACUCUGGCGUCACUUCCUUUCCCGCAAUGGCGGCACAGGGAGCUGCUACGGCGGUUGCAGCCGCUACUUCAGGGGUCGCGGGGGAGGGCGAGCCCGGGCAUGGGGAGAAUGCGGCCGCUGAGGGGGCCGCCCCAUCCCCGGGUCGCGUCUCUCCGCCGACCCCGGCACGCGGCGAGCCGGAAGUCACGGUGGAGAUUGGAGAAACGUACCUGUGCCGGCGGCCGGAUAGCACCUGGCAUUCUGCUGAAGUGAUCCAGUCUCGGGUGAAUGACCAGGAGGGCCGAGAGGAAUUCUAUGUACACUACGUGGGCUUUAAUCGGCGGCUGGAUGAGUGGGUAGACAAGAACCGGCUGGCACUGACCAAGACGGUGAAGGAUGCUGUGCAGAAGAACUCAGAGAAGUACCUGAGCGAGCUCGCCGAACAGCCUGAGCGCAAGAUCACUCGCAACCAAAAGCGCAAGCAUGAUGAGAUCAACCAUGUGCAGAAGACUUAUGCAGAGAUGGAUCCCACCACGGCAGCCUUGGAGAAGGAGCACGAGGCGAUCACCAAGGUGAAGUACGUGGACAAGAUCCACAUCGGGAACUAUGAAAUUGAUGCCUGGUACUUCUCACCGUUCCCCGAAGACUAUGGGAAACAGCCCAAGCUCUGGCUCUGCGAGUACUGCCUCAAGUACAUGAAAUACGAGAAGACCUACCGCUUCCACCUGGGCCAAUGCCAGUGGCGGCAGCCCCCGGGGAAGGAGAUCUACCGCAAGAGCAACAUCUCUGUGUACGAAGUCGAUGGCAAAGACCAUAAGAUUUACUGUCAGAACCUGUGUCUGCUGGCCAAGCUUUUCCUGGACCACAAGACACUGUAUUUUGAUGUGGAGCCAUUCGUCUUUUACAUCCUGACCGAGGUGGACAGGCAGGGGGCCCACAUUGUCGGCUACUUCUCCAAGGAGAAGGAGUCCCCAGAUGGGAACAAUGUGGCCUGCAUCCUGACCUUGCCCCCCUACCAACGCCGAGGCUACGGGAAGUUCCUCAUUGCUUUCAGUUAUGAGCUAUCCAAGCUGGAGAGCACGGUCGGCUCCCCAGAGAAACCGCUGUCUGACCUGGGCAAGCUCAGCUACCGCAGCUACUGGUCCUGGGUGCUGCUGGAGAUCCUGCGGGACUUCCGGGGCACGCUGUCCAUCAAGGACCUCAGCCAGAUGACCAGCAUCACCCAGAAUGACAUCAUCAGUACUCUGCAGUCCCUCAACAUGGUCAAGUACUGGAAGGGCCAGCAUGUGAUCUGUGUCACACCCAAGCUGGUGGAGGAGCACCUCAAAAGUGCACAGUAUAAGAAACCACCCAUCACAGUGGACUCCGUCUGCCUCAAGUGGGCACCCCCCAAGCACAAACAAGUCAAGCUCUCCAAGAAGUGAGCGGCCUGGCCCCCGUCGUUGGACCCGUGCCUCCUGGCCCCCAGCCUGUAAAUAUGUACAGACCCGUUUUGUCAUUUUUUUAUUAAAGUCCAUUCUGCUGGUGGCCCUGGACUUUGGAGAUGGGAGGGAGAGGCCAAGAA